ACAGAAGUGAUCCUGUCAAUCACCAUCAUUCGUUCUAUAUAGGGUCACAUAUUUCUCUACAUUAGUCAUAAGACACAUGUUAGUGACAUAAACCAGUUCACAUUCUUCCUAUACAUGUUUUCCUCCUGUAUUGUGAAUUCAAGGUGUGACAAUUCGCCAGUUCAAAGUCUUCUUACAUACUGUACACGAGGGAUCUCAUUGAGCUGUGACAAACCCGACCACAAUGCCGUCCUCUAUACUGAAAAAUCUAGAGGAGAUCAAAUCUGGCUCAAAAUGCAGAGGAUACCACUGCUCUGGAGAAUUACUGUCCAUUGAGGAGAUUUAUAACAACUUGACUUCUCUGGAUAAUAUAAAGACAGCCGGGAAAACCAUGAAGGAGAACAUUGGCAAGGUUCGCACCGAUCUCUCUCUCCGUCUACCGAUAGACUUCCCCGUCAUGAGGCUGCAGCAUGUCACCGAUUGGGAAUCCUUACAAGAAAUUCUGAAAUCAAAAUCUUUCAAAGGAAGAGGAGACCACGAGAGAGAAGAAUUCAGAGACCUCUCAUUCUGGAGUGCAGACAUCUGUCCAAAGUACAUUGAGAGCGCUCGCCAACAGGCCUAUGACAAAGUCCGACGUGUGAGAAAUGCCGAAGGAUUCCAGACAGAGAUAAAGGAACAAUAUGCCAGCUCUCCGGCGUUUGAUCAAUCGGCUUCUCUGUACGGCAACUUCAGACUUUCCUUCCCAUUGUCCUACCUUCUGUCCUUGUACAAGACUCAGCACUGCGGGGGUGAGGAACCUCAACUGAGGAUUCUGGGGACCGAUAUCUACAAACAGGAGAUUGCUCACUACAUUGUAGUUCACCGUCCCAACGCCGACCAGUUCAAUGACCUUCCAACUGUGCCACCUGCCCAGAACAUCUCUGGACGCAUGCCCUUUGUCUACUGGAUGGAGGAAAGAUUGUUCUGGAGGCCGGAAUCCACCUCCAGAUCUCUGAAACUGAAGAUCUCUGAGAAAAACUGCCAGGUGAGACCGUUGGACCCUCCUCGUUCUAGAAGGUCAGUGCUCCGGCGCAAAAAGCGUGCCUAUGAACCUCGCUGUGUGUGGAAUGCGCUGGUGGUUGACUUUCACCUACCUGGCAAUGAACGGCUUCAACUCCCUAUGUCAGAGCUUCUGACCAACCUGACUCCCUGUGAUGGCCUACAGCCUUUCUUAGGCAAAACACUGAUACAGAGACAUGAAGCCAAGGACAUAAUAAGAAGAUUGAGGGAAGAGUUUAGUAGACAGCGCACAAAGUGAGACCAUCACAAUGACAUUAUGUGACGGUAGAGAAAUCUCCAAAAAGUCCUCGACUUUUGCUAAACGUCAAGAAUAUGGAUGGGUGACUGCUCAGGUUAUGGAUCGAACAUAUACCUCCUGUAGGUGGUUUCAUAUAACCAAUCUGGGAUGGAUCUCAUUACCUAUGCCAAUUAUCUUGAUUUAAAAUCCUAUGUAUUCAAUAUAAAGUUCAAAACUAUUUUCUGUUUUAAAUGUUCUUAAAUAAAGUUUUAUUCAGUAUAA